AUGAACUUGACGGUAAGAAUACCUCAGGUCAGCGGGCUUUCCAAAACUCUACUAUUUCCCUUGAGUAGACGGUCGAUACAUAUAACGCCUAUAAAUUUCAACAAUUCAAGAGGGUCUCUAUUUGGAAGCAUCACCGAAAACAAGAUAAAGGAAGAAAAGGAGAACAAAGAUGAGGAUCCGAACAGCUUUUCUAAUAGAUUGGCGGUUGCUUCUGAUUCCACCGGAGAGGCCGCUGAAGUUGAUAGGGACUCCAUAACGUUGAAGAACGAUAAAUUAUUACAACAGCAUAUCAUAGCAUUGCAGCAACCGGAGCAAUUAGCAUCUGAAAGCCUCCUUUCACCUUUGAAAAGAGAAAUAUACAAAGCUAAUUGUGAACUUAACAAUGGGUUUUACAAAAAAGACACGAUUGUAAAACUACCUGACUCUAAUAAGCGUUAUAAAUUAAAUUUGACAAGAAAAGAAAUCGAAGUGCUGGAACCUUCCGUAUAUGUUCAAUCAUACAGAAUCAAAUCUUCGAUGAAAAAGGCCACCCAUUUAUUAAGGUUAUUGGGUGGGCUCGAAGUUAUGAAGGCUAUUUCACAGUGUCAUUUUUCAAAUAAAAAAAUUGCUCGCGAAGUAGCAGAAUUGCUUCAAAAAGGAAUUGAAGAUGGCCAGAAAUUGGGUUUGAAGCCAGAGGAUUUAUACAUCUCUCAGCUUUGGACAGGCAGUGAUGGGUUUUGGCGAAAGCGCGUUGAAUUUAAAGCAAGAACAAGAAUUGGUAUUAUAAGUCACCCUUACAUUCACGUAAGAUGCAUUUUGAAAACAAAGAGCGUCACGAAGCAAAGACUCGCUUAUGAAGCAUCCUUGAAAGAGCAGAGAAGGGCACCAUGGGUUCAGUUGGGUGACAAGCCUAUCAGAGGCGUUACAGGUGGUGUAUAUAAAUGGUAA